UAAACUUACUUAAUCCCGACUACACAUAAAAGCACCUACACACGAAUACAUCGCAACACACGCACUCUUACGAAUUAGAGUUCUUAAACACACACACACACACACACACACACACACACACACACACACACAAACUAAGCAACCAAUGCACACAGAAAACAAACAAGAACAACAUUAAAACACGAAUUCAUGCACACACAGGGAUACAUACGUAUAUGCAAAUACGCCAAAGAAGCAAGCAUACAUACACACUCAUACACUCACUGAUGCAAGCAUACAAAGAUACAAACGCGUAUAUGUUUACAUGCAUACACAUACGUACACGCGAGCACGGAUCCACAAACAUACAAACACACACUUACAUACAUGCCCGUAGACAGGGACACACGAGCAAUACUGUCACACAGCCAGUGUACAAGCGCAUACACUUAGACGCAUACACACACAUACACACAUAUACACAUGCAUGCACUAGCAUUGCAUACACACGCACACAUAUAAACAGAAUGUAAUAGACUAAUACACAAAAUUUACAAACUGGUUGCCGGUCGACACACCUACACACGCAUACGCAUACACACGCACGCGCACAUGCACACACAUACACACACAGAGGCAGACACACACACACACACACACACAGACGUAUACACACAAACGUAUAAAUGUUUAACCGUACACACGUACAUACCGCUGGCUCUCUACGUCUCUCGCUCGUUCCGUUUAGAAAGAAAAAGUCUCGCUAGGUCAGUGACGAGUCUGCUUUUGUUGUUGUGUUUUAGCUGUAGUCUUGUUGUAUAUUAAUUCCUCUGUUUAGCUGACAUGUCUAUGCUAACACGAACGGGUACAACAGUCAGAAAGCAUCGUCGCAGAUCGUUGGGCCGAGUAAAUAGCAGACGGGGUUCGGCUCCGACCAUACUGCAACAAUGCACGAGUCAGCAUACCCUUUUAAGGGUCAAUUCUGGAAAGAGGGCUUAUCUUACGCCACAACCAUCGCCUUCAAAAAGCGUGUCGUUUACAUUUGACCCGGAGCGUAGGAACAAUGUCGCCGCCGUGGAUUCAAUGCGAAGGGGCUCCGUCCGUCUUUACGAGAAAAGACUAUCUGUCUCCAGAGAAGAAAGUCAGUUAGCGGUACUUUCACAUGAUCAAGAGACAGUUGGAACGAAAGAGGAAGCAGUCAUGCAGAAUGCGAUUGAAUUCCCUCCCGUCAAAGUCAUGUAUGGCACCACUGUCUAUUGGACAGAAAAUGUUGAAGCUGAACAGUCCUCCUCGUUCAUAUCCAGUAUGGGCGGAGCUUGCUCUGAAGCCUCUGGAACAUGUGACUUUAUUAGUCGUGCCUUCACCAUUAUCACAGGAACAUGGGCGGUAACCGUGUUCAUAGGGGCUCUGCUGCUUCUGCCAUUACUAAUGAGUGCAAUAGGUGUAAAAUAUCUCGAUGAAUGUCCCAAGGAGCCAAAAAUACCAAUUUACCUUUUAGUCGGCGGAUCAUUUGGUGCCCUCAAAUUAGUACUUCUUUUGUGGCGUCAGGUCAAAUUUCACCGCUAUGAAUAUGACGACCAUUUCACUGACAGUGAAAAGUUUUUUUCAGCAUCACAUGUCACGCAAAUGUCGUUGACAUUGUUUUUGGCCGUUUGGUUCGGCUUUGGUAAUUACUGGCUUUAUUCUAUCUGGAAACCACAUUUCCAGGCUCCGCUACAUGAACCUCGUAAUUGGUGCUCAGAAACAGUGUUUCGUUUCACAUUUUGGCAGCUACUGUCUUGUCAUAUUUUGGUUUGCUGCACCAUUCUUUUGACAUUUGUUUUACUCAUAACCUACAGAUGUUACAAAAUUUGUAAAAUAGAAAAAAGCUAAUAUGAAACAAACUAAUAAUUACUUAUAAAAUGAAAAUGAAAAAUAAACAUUAACAGAACUAAUUCUCUCAGUUUUAAGAAGAAGCUAACGAGAAGUACGAGAAUGUAUAUCACUGAGGAAUAAGUGAUCUAUGUAUAAUAACAAAAUGAACGAUUAACGAUAAGAAACGACGUUAUGUCUAUCUGUCUAUCUAUUUCUGUGUGCAUGUAUGCAUACAUAUAUGUAUAUGUAUGUAUACAAGCAUGCCUGAAUGUAUGUAUGUAUGUAUGUAUGUAUGUGUUUUUAUGAAUGAAUGUGAUAUGUAUGUACAACUCUAUAUUUAUAUUGUGUAUCAACGCUUGAGUGAAAAAUAUAUAUUCACGGUGAAGUGUUAAAAAAACAUCAUUUCUCACCUUUUUUUGUCUCACAA